UAACUAGUGUUAUUGAGAGAAGUGUCAGAGUUCAGCCGGGUGGGAAGCAGAAGCAGCCAUUUUACCUCUUGCUGCCUUCCCAUCAGCCAUGGAGCACAGGCGGACAGACAGUUAACUAUCUGCUCACGUCUCUACCAGGCUGGCUAGGUACAGGCACAGGUGCCAUGGUGACGCUGAAUCGCUUGAGUGUAGAGGACCCAGAUGAUGGCUCCCCGCUGCUGCCCGAGGCUGCAGAGGCUGCAAUACCAACACCUGUCUCUCACUGGAAGAGAGUGGUCACAAAGACUGACUCCAGGGAAUUUUUCCUCAGCAGGAAUGAGAACCUUGCCCUCAGUCUGGUGCUGCUGAUCGGAGGCUACUCAGCCGUUCUGAUUCCUGCAUAUUUCCACUUGGAUCAAGUGGCAACAUUCAGUGAUGACUACAAACAUCCCAAAGAUCUGGCCCUUCUAAAUCAGUCAGCUGCCCUGCUGUCAGACCCCUGCCAGCCUCGCUGGUGCCUGAACCACCUCAAGCCCCUGUCCUGUUCUGCAGGCCUCCUAGACAUCCCUGUGUUUGUGCAGCAGGACAGGCCUGCAUCCUGGGAUCUGUCCCCUCCUCUGGGGCUCCAGGGCAGUGAAGAACAUCUGGCCCUGGCUCUUUCCUCUCUGCCUGAGCCUGGCCUGCCUCCAUCACUGAGGAGAGAAGGCAGCUGCAGGCGAUGUAUGGUGGUGGGCAACGGAGGGGUUCUUUAUGGGAGCCAUCUUGGAUCUCAUAUAGAUCAGUAUGACAUCAUUAUUAGGUUAAAUAAUGCUCCUGUGCCUGGCUUUGAGAGAGAUGCUGGUUCCCGCACCACAAUCCGCCUGAUUUACCCAGAGGGGGCACCUCACUCUCAAAAUGAGUACAAAAAGACCACCAUGGUUGCUCUGGUGGUCUUUAAGAGCCUGGACCUGGACUGGCUUACUUCUGUCAUCACCAAACAGCCUCUGAGCCUCUGGUCCAAAAUGUGGUUCUGGAGGGAGGUGGUGGAUGAUAUUCCCCUGAGACCAGAGAACUUCAGGAUCCUCCACCCAGAGAUUAUUCACAAGACAGGACAAGUCUUGCAAAAAUAUGCUCUGAAGCAGGGAAAUAUGGUGCCAACACUAGGUGCCAGUGCAGUGGUGAUGGCUUUGCAGAUCUGUGACCAGGUGAGCUUGGCAGGGUUCGGAUAUGAUAUGCAGCACCCAGAAGCCAGGCUACACUACUACGAGACCAUUCGCAUGGAUGCAAUGAAGGCUCAAGUGGUGCACGAUGUCAACGCUGAGAAACUCUUCUUGAGGGACCUGGUAGCUGCAGGAGCUGUGACUGACCUCACAGGAGCUCUGUGAGUCAGCAGCGCAGAGACUGAUAAUAUGCACUCCUCCCUCUCAAUGUGAACCUGUAUGGUGUCCUCCAUAACUGUGCCCUAUUGGAAGAAUCCUACACAGCACGGACUGACCUUUAAAAUGCUCACAGUCUCCAGGGUUACCUGACGAGUGAGCAAAUUAAAUUCUAAAGGUUAGAUUGUAGGAGAUUGUAGAGACUACCCUGAAGCAUAUCUUGUUAAAAUUCAGUGAUUCCAUAACCAGCUGUUACAAGUACUGUAAUUGUCAUAUGGGUGAAUAAUUUCUCAUCACUCACAUACAAUAAAUGCAAUAGUAUGUGGUUCAAACACACAUUUAAUUAUGUUUACAGUGACUCAAUAAAAAGUGAAUAUGAAA